UUGUGCGUCUGACGCGCUCGAGCUCAGAGACCGACUGUCCACAAGCGACUCAAGCGCGUGCUACUGAGAGUAUGCCUCAACUGACCUGGGACACAGUAUAGAUGAGACACAUUUUAGUCAUUCGUUUGGGCUUCCUGGAUUAAGCAUUAGGCUAUUUUAUAAGAUACAGGGCAUGGUGACAGAGAGGAGCGGGGGAAUCCUCACUCCUGCGUCUUCAGUGAAGAUUCAGCGUUAAAGUGAAUGAAACGGUUUGCCCAAUUACCGGCCAGAAGCGACGAUGUGUAGAGCUGUGAGGCAAUAGUGCCGUUUAAUCGACCGAAAGUCUCAAACUUCUGUUUCGUUUAACUGACAUUGAGACGUCAUGGCAUCAGUGUCGUGGAGACACGCGCUUGUCUGCUUGGUGAUUGUGAAUCUGUCAGUGAUAACAGCGGCAUGCAGCAGCCACUAUGAAUAUGCCAUUGAGGGAUUCUGCCUGGCCAAGUUCAAGCUGGAUAUGGAGGUUCUCGAUCAGCAUCAGUGGUGCAGCUGGGAGGACACAGUAGAGUCCUAUGGAGAACUGACCAACUGCACGUUCCUAGUGGCUCUGAAGAUGAACUGUUUCUGGCCCAACAGUCUGGUGGACGAAUUCUUCAUCAGGGUGCACAGGCACUACUUCCACGACUGCUCAUUGUCAGGACGGCUGCUUCACGACCCGCCAAAUCGGAUCCUUGGGCCUUUUAUCGUGGUGCCUAUUCUGGUUACACUACUCAUGACUGCUCUAGUGGUGUGGAGGAGUAAACGCAGUGAGGGUAUCUUGUAGGCUAUGGCAGUUAACCAAAUACAAGUCCAGAACAAGACCAGGUGACUUACUAUUGAACACUAAAAAACACUUUUCUUUCUCAAGACUUUGUAAUCAGGUGGUUGGAUAUGGAACAAUCAAAACACUUUCCAAUAGAGAACAUUUUUACUGUUAUUGGCAAACAGUAGAGACAAAAACUUUGGACACGGUUACCUUUUGGUAUAGUUUUUGACAUGCCAGCAUAUCAUCGAUAAAACUUAUCUACAUCUGGAUGUAAGUGUCUUGUGAACACUGGACUGUAUCUUUUUUUUUCACCCGUCAACUUCAAUACAUUUGACACUCAUAAAAACAUUUGUGCUUUGUGCCAAAUGCUGAAAGCAGCAGUCAUAAGUAGAAUUAUUAUCCUGACUGAAAAAAAUAACAAUAAAAAGGUAAAAACCAAUGACGUUUAUAACACUGACGAUCCCACAUUUUUUUUAAUGUAUUAAAAAUAGUAGGCCUAAUGAAAUAACAUUGUAUUAAUGUGUUGUUUGAACAGACUCCUAAAUCGAAAAAUCUUCUAGAUAUUUGCGAAAAUGCACCUCCAUCUAAAAUCACUGCUCUCCAACACCUAGUGAGCUGUACAUGUGUCCUUCAUAGAAACGGCAAUCCCUUAAUGUGUUGGGAAACCCUGCCUUAGAGAGUAAGACACAGCAAGGCAGCUCACCAGGUUUUGGAACAGAACUAUAGUCUGUUGUACUGAGAGAGGCUGAUACUGAUCUGAUACUAUUUGAAGCUGUGAACUGAGAUAAUGCAUUUAUUUGAUGUUAUUCGGCUCAUGGUCUCACUUCAGGUCAACAUGUCAAGGGAAAAUAAUUGUAUUUAAUUGGAGACCAACCUGUCGGCUAAGGUGCUUGCAGCAUUUGUCAUAGGAUUAUUCAUCAUAUUAGCAAUAAAAGGAUGUCUGCAUUCAUGCUGUUUUGCUAAUAGCUUUUUCAGAUAAACACUUCUGGAAACAUCUGUAACACUGGAGUUUAGCACUCACAGUGAGUGGUUUAAAAGCCUGUGGAUUUUACCUGCCUGUGGCUUAUUAUGGCUAAGAGAAAACAGAUCUCUCUAAUAUCAUCUGAACUUCAAAGCUUCUGAUUUUUGCUGCAGUUAAAAUAAAGUAAUUUGCCCUCAACUCUUUUAUUCCAGACAUUUCCUCUCAUUAUGGGGUUUGCUUUGGAGCCCAGCACACUGCUACCAGGCAAAAAAACAAAUAGACACAAGGAUGUGGUUAUGACUCACCAGAGGUAUAGCCUCUCUAGGACUCUCUAGGAGCUAAAUUAUA